AAAGAAAAGAAAUUGGAGGAAGAACGAGAAAACCGAAGAAAAGAAAAAGAAGAGAAACGUAAAGAAAAAGAGGAAAGAGAAAAAGCCGAAAAAGAACAGAAGAUGAUGGAAAAAAAAAUGAAAGAACAAAAAAAACAAAUGGAAAUCGAACAAAAACAGAAGGAAAGACAAGCAAAAGAGGAAGAACGUAGAAAGAGAGAAGAAGCUAAGGAAGAGGAAAAAAGAAAAAAAGAAGAAGAAAAGUUAGAAGCAGAACGUAAGAAACAAAAAGCAGCUACAACUUUUGCCAGUUUUUUCGUCGCUAAGAAACACGAGAAAUGCAUUGAAGAUGAAAAUAUAACCGCAGUAAAAAAUUUCAUGCCUUUUGAAAUUAAGGCGGAUAUGAAAAUAGCUCCAGUUUGUAGGAGAAUCCUAGAAGAACAGGAGAAAUUAAUAUUAGAUGAAAAAAAAAUAAGGGAAACACGGAAAUCAGAUUUAUAUCUUAAUGAAAUUAAAGAUAAAAAAAUUGUUCCCCGCAAAUCAUUUAAAACAUGGCCACUUGAAGCAAAAGAUGAUAUAAUUUUAUUAGACGAAGAAAACGAAGGUAGUUCGAACAUCGUAAAUCAAGAUAUUGUUGUAGAGAAACAACGACCUAAAUUAUUACAAUUUUCUGAAAAUUUGCGUCCACCUUAUUGGGGUACAUGGAGGAAACGCAGCAAGAAUAUUAAUCCUCGAAGACCGUUUUCAAAAGAUAUGGAAUACUUCAAUUACGAAAUCGACUCGGACGAGGAAUGGGAGGAGGAGGAACCGGGUGAAUCGUUGCACGGCUCGGACGAUGAAAAGGACGAAGAGAAUCCGGAGGACAACGAAUACGACGUGGACAACGAUUUCAUGGUACCUCAUGGAUACUUAUCCGAUGAAGAACUUCGCGCCGAUGAAGAGGACAAGGAGGACAUGUCCCCCGAAACGCAAAAAGUCAGAUUGAAACUGCUUGGGGAACAAUUCGAGUCCGAGAGAAAUACGAAGACUUCGAAAUUGAAGCCAAAAAUAAUCGGUAUAAUUUGGAGAGGGCCCGAUAACAAUUUCCCACCAAACGUACCAGCGAGGAUCGUGGACUUUUUGACAGAACGCGAGGCUUGGACCCGUCAAAUACCGUGUCCGGUUCAGCUGUCGACGCCAACCACGUGUGAGAAUGACACGGCUAAUAACGCCUCGCCUUCGCCCACGCAUCAGCAAGCGCCAUCCAGCUCGAAGAAGAAAACACGAGUCCCGGAGGCGGCUAUUCCGGACCUGAUCCGACUUGUACACGGGAACGUGCACGGCAGAGGAUUCCUCGUGAAAGAGUUCAUGACGUAUUGGGGCAAGAGGGAGGACGCAAAUGAUAACUACAUCUCGAAGGCGAGUUUGUUGCAAAAGAUUCGCGACAUUGGAAAAUGGAUGCCAUGCCCAGAGGAGGGGCCGAUGCAUACGAAGGCUUGUUGGUACGUUCACGAGGAGAUCAGGAAGAGAUACGUAAGCGAGGAGCUGUCGUUGCCGAACCGGUGGUCGUACAGUCUGAUCCCUAAGAAGAAGAGAAACGAUAACUCGCAAAUCGGUGAGAAAGUGGAGAGAGAGGAUAGGGAUAAAGAGAGGAAGAGCGUGCCUUUGAUCACUCAGUUCACUAAAAAGAUCACCCAGGAGGAGAUGAAGAAACAAUUAGCUGUCAAACCUGAUUGCACCGCUUCGCAAAGUAAGCCUGCGAAGCCUCCGAAAAGGGCGAGAUUAAUUUCUGUUAAAAGAGGGGAAGAAUUGCCUAAAAUGUCGAGGGAGAAUUUGCUGAAAGAUUUUGCGGUCAACGAUGCGAAAGUUGAGGAUAAAGGUUCGAUCGAGAACAAUGAUUCGGAUGAUGUAAUUGUACUGUGCACCAAGAGUAAUGAAAAUAACGAUGAGAAGAAGGGGAAGAGGGAAAGCGAAGAUAGACUUGUUGCGGGUCAUACAGAGUCUGAAGAGGAGAAGAGAAACGACGAAGAAGAAUCAUCGAACGAUGACAAUAUAAGUAUUAUAACGUUGAAAUCUGAGAAUUCGGCAGAGAAUGUUGUAUCCGAAGAUAAGAGUGUGAGCAAAACUAUAGAUACUCCUAUGAAUAUCGACAGCGAUUAAGUAAAAAAAAAAAAAUAGUUAAUAAUUUGUGAAAAAAGUUUCAACAGAUUCAAAUAUUUUAAACGUAGAAAAAGAAAAGAAUUCAAAAAUGUGAUAAAGACACAGCUGUAAUUCUAUAUAGAUUAAAAAAAAGAGAAAAAAAAGAAAAAAAAAAAAAAAUAAAAGUUUUUGAAGGAAUAACUUCUGUCGAAUAACAUCUUCAUGGAAUAAAUCGUAUUUUUGAUAUUAUUAGAAUUUUUACCGAUGCGUUCAUGUUUUGCAUUAUCGAUCAUGCAUAUUUAAAGGAUUCAGAAAGAAAUAAUCGACGAUACAAAUUACAUUUUCAUUCAGCAUGGCUUGUUUGAAUUUCGAAUUUUCAAUCGGCAAAUCAAUUAAAUAAUUACUUCAAUAUUUAAUACAGACUUAAUUGAUUUGCUAUUGGAAAAUAUAAACGAUAACUUGGCUUUGGAAUCCUAUAUUUAUACUUUUCACAUUUUGCUACGUAUAAUAUAUAAUGUAUUACAUAUUUAAUCGUAUAUAUAUAUGCAAAUGUGUACAAAAUGCUGCCGAGCUGUUUUAUAUUUUUGUAAAAUUUAUCCGAUAUUUCUAUCUUACAUAUACACGAUACAAUUGUUAUAUUGUUAUUACAAGAGUACUAUAAAUAUUCUAGCUGUAUAUUAAGGAACAAUAUAGACAAUGUUUAACCUUGAUCUAACAUUAAAUAUUGUUUUGAAGAGAGAACAUGUUUUUCGAUUAUUAAUUGUUAUUGUUUAUAAAAACAAUUUUAUAUCGUGUUAUAUGAAACAGGAUAAUUUUUAACACGCAAUAUAUUAUUAUAUUCUAUUAAUGGCGCUUGAUAAUGGCUAUAGAUAAUUAUAGUGAACGCUUUUUUGAUACUAUUGUAUGUAUAUUGCAAGAUAAAUGUGGAAUGGAAGAAAUGAAAAACGAUUCAUUACAAUUUGGAUUGCGCGUGGACUUUAAAUUGCUUUUUUUUAUAAAAUCUAUAUUUUCUAUAAUAAUUUGUAGAGAUGAUAGAUUAAACUUGAGAAACGUAUUGUAUGUAAUUCGUUACGUCUGUGUGUGCCACAUGUUUCACGUUGAAUUUCAUUUUCAUUUAUUGCUCAAAAAUGUUAUAAACAACAAUGGAAUAUAUUUUUUAUUCAUAUAA